UUUAAAAAUUGUUUGAGUGUGUGUUCAAUAAUAUUAUUAUAUUUUUAGCUGUUUGUAAAAAAUGGCAUUUAUUAAGAGUUUUAUUUCAUUAUUAUUAAUAAUAAUAUUAAUUAUUGAUAAAUCCAAUGCAAUAUUUCGCAAAAAUCUAUUUCCGUCCCAUUCGGCGGCAAAUAUCAAUAGCCGAGAUCCGGGACAACCAUUGUUUUUGACACCAAUGAUAGAAUCGGGUCAUAUCGAGGAAGCACAACAAGCAAGUCGGGUAACCGGUUUGUCCGAUGCACCCGAUAUUAUCAGUUAUUCAGGAUUUUUGACGGUUAAUAAAAAGUUUAACAGCAAUAUGUUUUUCUGGUACUUUCCGGCACUGAACAAAGACAAAAAGGCCCCACUAUUGCUUUGGCUUCAGGGAGGACCGGGAGGUUCAUCAUUAUUUGGUCUAUUCAACGAAAACGGUCCGCUAGUGUUGGAUAAAAAUCUGAAAUCAAGUAUAAGACAAUAUACGUGGGCUCAAGAGUAUUCAAUGAUAUUCAUUGAUAAUCCCGUGGGAACGGGAUUCAGUUUCACACAUAAUGAUUUGGGUUACGCCACAAACGAGACAGAUGUGGCCCGAGAUUUGUAUACAGCUUUACAACAGUUUUUCACAUUAUUUCCUAAUGAACGGCAAAAUGAUUUCUAUAUUACUGGAGAGUCAUAUGCGGGUAAAUAUGUGCCGGCAAUUGCUUAUAAAAUACAUACAGAAGGCAAUGCAUCCAAUAUUAACCUCAAAGGCAUAGCCAUUGGUGAUGGACUGUGCGAUCCGGCGACACAAUCGGCUUACGGAGACUUUCUCUACCAAAUAGCACUUCUCGAUGAAAAUCAAAGAGACUUUUUCAAUGCUGAAGAAAACAAAGCCGUCGACUAUAUAAACAAAGAGCAAUAUUUUGAAGCCUUCAAGAUAUUUGAUUUACUACUAAAUGGUGAUCUGAUUAACAGUACGUCAUAUUUUACAAAUUCAACGGGACUUACAUUUUAUUAUAACUUUCUGAUGGGUUCGGCACCCGAAGAGUUCGGCUAUUAUCCAAAAUAUUUGGGUUUGGAAUCGACCCGACGGGCCAUACAUGUCGGUAAUUUGCCAUUUUCUGAGGGCAAUAUUGUUGAACAACAUUUACUGAAUGAUAUUAUGAAAUCGGUUAAGCCAUGGAUCAGUACAUUGCUUGACAACUAUAAAGUCCUCAUAUAUAGCGGCCAACUGGAUAUUAUAGUUGCCGCACCGUUGACCGAAAAUUUUGUCCGCAGUAUUCAAUGGUCUAAAGCCGAUCAGUACAAGAAAGCCGAGAGAAUUAUUUGGAAAGUCGACAAAACUGAUAAAGAAGUGGCCGGUUAUGUCAGACAAGUGGACCGGUUUUUGCAAAUAGUUGUCCGAAAUGGUGGACAUAUACUACCGUUUGAUCAGCCGAGAGCUUCCUAUGAUAUGAUCAAUAGAUUUGUCAAAAACAAAUCGUUUCAAUAAUUAAAAAAAACAUAAAUAAUUGAAAACUAACUAUUAUUAUAACCUUAAAAUUAAAUUCUUUGAUAAAUUUAUAUACGAUAUUAAUACUAUAAUAAG